UCCCCCAUCCUUCUCACACCCCCACACUCCCAUAUACUCAUUACUUUCUUUCUCUAUCGAUCCCUUCCUCCAUCACAAGAACAGAGUCCCCUCUGCACACAACACCAUACACAAACACAAACAACCUCUUCCAUCAUCGUCAUCGUAUUCACAAUCAUCGAUCAAUCUUCCCAACCUCAUUUCCAACAUGUUGGAACCCAACACAGAGUACAAUGAUACGGAAAAGCAGACACAAGGGUUCAGCACACGUUCCACAAUGUGGGACUUCAUUCGAGAAGCCAAAUCUCUGUGGGAGGUCGCAUUUCCGACAGCGCUCACUGCUCUCAUUUUCUACGCGCGUUCCAUGGUCUCCAUGCUGUUCCUCGGACACCUAGGAGACACCGAACUGGCGGCGGGUUCGUUGGCCAUAGCCUUCGCCAACAUCACCGGUUACUCGGUUCUCUCGGGACUCUCCCUGGGAAUGGAACCCCUGUGCUCCCAAGCCUUCGGAGCAAAGCGUCCCAAGCUUCUCUCUCUCACGCUCCAACGCUGCGUUCUCUUCUUAACAUGUUGCUCAAUCCCCAUUUCACUCUUGUGGCUCAACAUGUCCAAAAUCUUCCUUAUACUACACCAAGACAUGAAAAUCACAAAAAUGGCGCAAAACUACCUCCUUUACCUCCUCCCCGACCUCGUCACCAACUCCUUCCUCCACCCAAUCAGAGUCUACCUUCGAGCGCAGAACGUCACCCAACCGGUCACGUUAGCUUCCCUCGCCGGCACGCUCCUCCACGUCGGCUUCAACUUCGUUCUCGUGAGACGCGGGGUGGCCGGAGUCGCCGCCGCCUCCGCCGCCUCCAGCUUUUCGAUUCUGGGACUGUUGCUCCUCUAUGUGUGGAUAAGUGGGGUCCACCUAGACACGUGGAGUGCGCCGAGCCGAGAGUGUUUUACCGGCUGGGAGCCGCUGCUUCGGCUGGCUGCACCGAGCUGCGUGUCCGUUUGUUUGGAGUGGUGGUGGUAUGAGAUCAUGAUCUUGUUAUGCGGACUCCUUGUGGAGCCCACUGCCAGCGUGGCGGCUAUGGGGAUUUUAAUCCAAACGACGUCGUUGAUCUACGUCUUUCCUUCGUCCCUGGGGUUGGCCGUGUCAACGCGCGUGGGUAACUUGCUCGGCGAGAACCGGGCUCCACGCGCCAGGAUGUCGGCGGUGGUGGCGGUGUUUUUUGCCGCCGUGAUGGGUUUCUCGGCGGUGAUCUUCGCCUCGUCGAUGAGGCGGAGGUGGGGGAGGAUGUUCACUUUGGACGAGGGGAUUCUGCAGCUGACGGCGGCGGCGCUGCCGAUUUUGGGACUGUGCGAGCUUGGAAACUGUCCGCAGACGGUGGGGUGCGGGGUGGUGCGGGGGACGGCGCGGCCGAACGUGGCGGCGAACGUGAACCUCGGCGCCUUUUAUCUGGUGGGGAUGCCCGUGGCCGUUGGGCUUGCGUUCUGGCUGGAGGUUGGGUUCUGUGGGCUCUGGCUGGGCCUGUUGUCGGCCCAGGUUUGUUGUGCGGGCCUGAUGUUGUAUACGAUCGGGACCACCGAUUGGGAGUACCAGGCCUGCCGGGCCCAGCUGUUGACUGCCAUUGAUGACUCCGGGAACGGAUCGGACGGGCAGAAAGAACCGUUGAUUGGCGUGGUGGUUGACACUUGAUAAUGAUGAUGAAUGUUGAUUGACGGUGUAAUAUUCUUUUUCUUUUUCUAAUUUUCAUAUUAUUAGACGAGAUUUGUGAGAUAGAAUUGUUAUUUUUUACACCGCUGAUUUUUUUAUUCCAGUGGGAACUGGGUACUAUUUAAUUAAGGAUAAAUGAGAUGAUCAUCAUUAUUCUGUCUUUUUCAAUAUCAA